AUGAGGACGGAGAUGGGAUCUUCUCCAAUCGGCACACGCCUGACUCAUCUUGCUCACCGAUCAGUUCCGUCCCCCCUCCGUCUAGCCUGGCAACUUGCCUGCCGGACGGCAGCAGACAGACAACAGCCACUCACUCUUCUGGCACAGACAGUGGACAUCCUGCUAGUGAUGGUCGUGCUAGCUUAUCUCCUACUCCACCCUCCCAAGCAUCUGUCCACCGAUCCAUUUAACGGCACUUCAUCGCUAUUCAGUCGUGGCAGUCGAAUAAGUACAUUCAUUGGUUUCCCCUCCGACUCACUGGCUCACAAAUCAGCCGCUUCUUGCCAUCUUCGCCUCGACUCGAUUUUUAAAUGA